GUUCACUAAAAUACAUUUUUGGCGGUAUUUAUAGACCUUUUCUUGUUCUCAAACGAUUCAAUUUUCCUCAAUAGUUUUUUAUUCUCGUAAUUUUUCCACAAUUGAAGCCCAAUUUUUUUCUCGACUACAUGGGUAAUUGUCUUUAGAUAAGCAACACUGAACGAGGUUUUAAGCACAAUAUAACUAUUAAAACGUUAAGUGGCACUUACAGCCUCAUUCAAGAAACUAAUUAGGAAAAAGUCAUUCGCCUGAGGCAACAUAUGAUGUCCGUAAAAACACGUAAUUGGUCAUUAUUAAAAAAAAAAUCACGACUGUACAUCAUGUUAUUCUCAAAAUAUCAGUAAAUUGAAAUGAGUUAGUAUGUGCGAAAUACUGUUACCAUUGUAAUGGAACCAAGUUCGAAUUUUGCUUGAACUUUUUGUAUGGGGUGUUUCAACAAAGUGCUAUUUUCGUUUUUUUUUUUUCACCUGGGAGGGAAUAUAAUUUUGGUGUGAUAUGGUGCUUAUUCAAGUCUUUCUGAUCAACAUGCGGGUUCUCAUGUCAAUACGGGGGCAGAUGUGGCUGGUAUCUUAACCAUUGAUCUCAGUGGUGUUAUAAUUACAGAGCUAAAUAGCUUGAUCACUUGUCUUUGUCACGUCAUAUUCUCGAUUAAUAGCUCAAGGUGGAUUUGCCGACAUGAAAUAACGAUGCGUAAUUACCUUUUUAUUUCCCUACUUCACAGUCAUUACCGGUUUAGUUUAUCGUUCUGAUCUUCAACUCUACAAUAAAUCGAGUCGUUGAUCUUUCUUUGGACUCAGUAACUUCAACACACCCGAGAGAUGGAUCUCGAGCAAACUGGUCUUCGAGGUUAUGUUUUUGUUCCAUACUGCACCGAAGAGUGCUGUCAGAGCCAACUACAAGCUUUUCAGGCGGCUGUUCCUUCUUCGUACCCAACUUCUGCUUCAAAGUGUAACCCUUUUUUGCCGGAGCAGAUAAGUUCAAGUAGCCUAGCUACGCACUCUUCACGAUUUACAUCGCUCAAGACUGGUGCCUACCGCGUGCUUUUUCCCGCCAUUUCAAGAGAACUACCGAAGCCGUCUGAAGUUUCCCGCCAUAAAGUCGGUGUAAAAAGUUUGCUGUCUACAUUUCAACCAAUUCAAGAAAGUUUCCUGCAGACCAACGAGAGAGACUGGAAGAUGGAAGUAAAUUGCAGGUCGAAACGGAAGCGUACAAUCUUCACGGCAGAUCAGCUCGAACGACUGGAAAAAGAGUUUGACCGUCAACAGUAUAUUGUUGGCACACAAAGGUUCUAUCUCGCGGCUGACCUGGGCCUCAAUGAAACACAAGUUAAAAUCUGGUUCCAGAAUCGCAGAAUCAAAUGGAGAAGACAGAACUUGGCUCUUCGUCAAAGUCCAGUGAGAAGUAGAUUCGAAAGCGAGGAAAAUGACUAAACUGGAAUUCUUCACAUGCGGCGCUGUAGAACACGUGUACAAACUACCCUGUAAACUAUCAGGGCAAACUUGGAACGGACCUGUUUUUGUGCGUAUAGAAAGGGUUCCUUGAGUAAUUUUAACCGCAAUAUGACGCAAAAACGUCAUGUUGCUAUUAGUCAACCCCCCAGUCACCCCAAAGUGGCCUUUUGGACAGUAACACUGUAAUAUAGCAAUGGCAUCGCAAAGCAUUCGCUUUAUCUGGCAGCUAGUUUCUCUUUGCUCCCAACAUAAUCUAUCGUGAAAAGGUUUUUAACUUAGUGAGGUAUGUUGCGCCUCGUGAACUUAAACAUAUGAAAAGCUUUCACAACUAUUACCAGUACCACAAGAUACACCCAACCUUUUCCCACGCCAAUUUCAAGUCUACGUCGGCGCUUUUUACAGGCUCUCGUAUUAUACAGGAUCACGCGGAGCUUGGGAAAGUGUUUGGGGG